CAGAGCUGGACUGGAAGGAGCAGGCUGCACGUGCAUGUUGCGCCACCUAUGACUUGGGCAGACGACGAGACCUAGUUGAGGGCCGAUGUGGACGCUAACCUUUCACCUCAGACUUGUCCACGAGUUUGUGUUACUAUACCUGACGGCCAUCAGACUUACAGAAUGUAAUAGUAUAAACUGGGGAAUAAAUCAAGAGGACAUGAGCCGAUCAGACUUUGCAGAACAAUUUCAGUUUGAUAACGGCGCCGCUCCAUUACUCAUAGAAGCAUUCACGGACGAGUUGUUACGGCAGAUGACAACAGAGCCACACAUUGAUCGGCUAAGCAUGGAACAGGCACAGUACCUCAAAGACCGCCUUAAGGGCCUGUAUGCCUUCCUUAAAAACCACCCUGCACUUAUGGAUAGAAGGCUAAAGGUUGGAUCCAGGAAACCACAGAUACCGCAGAGAAAUAAAUAUAUACCGCAGAAACGUACCUUCCAACAUGCCCUCUCAGAACCCGUAUGUCCGUCUCGGACUGAAUGGAGGCUGCUGAGGUCAGCACGUGAUAUCAAUGACACGGAAGUAGAAAUCUUCCAGCCGCCAGAGGGCAACGAAGGUCACCAAUGGUUCUACACAGUCACCUGUAACACACAACAUGAAAUCAUGUCCAACCCAGAAUGCCCUGCCUGUUGUCGAGGUAUCCAUCGGACAAGGUAUUGGUCGCGAUGCAUGCCGAAGAAGUCGUACGUGAUGGCGUUGGUGCGACGUCCCGGAGACACCUACUACGACUGGAACUGGAUACAGGUGGAGUCCAGCUGUAACUGUGCUAUAUCUCCGUUCAUCCAGGGCCGCAUCUAGAGUCGUCAUUCACUGUGUACAGUAUCACCCGGAUUAAAAUACCGGGAAAAACACCUUCUUUCUUGUCAUUCAAAUAGAGUUACAUAAUAUACCACUCAACGUUUCAUAGGGAUACUGAAAUAUUUCAAACUGUUCAGAACCUAAUAACCUAACAUUUACUUUGUGAAAUGAAAACAUUUUAACAUAUUUGUUUUGUCAAACGACGUAAUAUAUGAACGAAACUAACCAACGGAAUCUCUUCAGUUUUCUGAAAGCGAAGAAACGAUUCCUUGCCACAGAAUCGUCGACUUAUGACUAUGAAAAUAUCAUUUCCGAGGAAUGGGCUCACACUUAGUACCCGACUUAACACUGAGAUGUUGAGUGGUAUAUCCCUGUAUCUGGAGCGGGAUGUAACUGCAUGGCCGACAUUGCUACAUAUAACAUAUCUGUAUUCAUCGAGUAAAGUAACACUGAAUGUUUUUCUCCAGACUUCAACUAGUGUACAUCUGUAACUGGCAUAGGAUAGCCACGCGUUUAACUGAAGCUUGUACAACAUAAACAUUGCUGGGCUCAACUCAGAUUUGAAAUAA